GUAGUUAGGUAAUAGUAGAAGCAUCCGGCUUGGGUGGAGUGAUAAACAAACAGAUUAAAAUAGCGUACACAUCAGUCCGCUUUUGGGGCGUUGUUAAUCAUAUAUAUCGGGGUAAAAACUUAAAACAGUCUAGCCAUUUAGUUAUUAAAACUUAUAACGUUAUUAUCCUACUCAUAUAUUAUUUACAAGUGCGCCUAUUUAACACCUUUAUAACGAAAUGUCAGGAUUCGACUUCGUCGGCGAAACAUCCAGUGUAAGUACAAAACAACAAGAAUAUAUUACUGAAGUACUACAGAAAAGGGGAUACAAAGAUUGUAAAGUUCGUAUCGAAGUAGUUGGUAAAGCAGGUGAUAAUUAUGUGGCGAAUGUUAAAAGAAUCGUCGUCGAAAAUAAUGGUGAAGAUGUUUUUAAAAUGAUCGCAAAAAUUGCGCCAACAAACGAGUUUUCUAGAGCCUCUGGCGCCUCUAUAUGGUUCAAAAAUGAAAAUGUUAUGUACGGUGAAAUUUUUCCUAAGUUUCGAGAAUUGCAAAACGCUGAAGACAUUUCCGAUGACAAUUAUAAAUUUGCAGUACCUGAAUGCUAUGGGAUUUUAACAGAGGAACCAAAUGAAUUAAUUCUUCUCGAAAAUUUGGAAAGCUAUGCUAUAUUGGACAAAGCGCAACCUCUUACAAAUGAAAGUGUGAGGAUUAUUUUGAAAAAGUUUGCCAUCCUUCAUUCACUUUCAUUUUUAUGGAGGUCGAAAAAUUCUGAAAAGUUUGAAUCUACAUCAAAAAAACUUAUUAAUAUAUUUGAAGGCAUGGCCAAAAUGCCUGGAUUUGAUGUGUAUUUGGAAACUGUUGUGAACAAUUCAAAAGCUAUCAUGAAUAGCGAGGAAUAUGGAAAAGUUUAUGACGUUAUCACAAAGCAAUGGCCUGAACUGUUGGAAAAACUGUCUAAAGUAGAAGCGACUUCAAAAUAUUCCGUAUUUAUACAUGGCGACGCAUGGAUCAAUAAUAUGAUGUUUAAAGAAGAAAAUGGGCAAUUGGACUGUAUCCCCGUUGACUACCAACAAUCGAAGCUUGGCAGUCCAGUAUGUGACGUCCUGCAUUUGAUCUUCACAAGCACAGACCACGGCACCAGACAUCAACAUUUCUACGAGUGGAUCGAUUACUACCACUCCGAAUUGGACAAAUGUUUGUCCAAUUUCGGCUUGAAAGUAAACUUCAUAUAUCCUAAGGACCAAUUCGACGCAGAUUUAAGAAGAUAUUCAAAAGCAUAUUUUGUUGUGGGAUAUCUUAUGUUUGCUCUUAUGUUUAUAAAGCCAGAAGAUGCUGCAUUGCUUAAGGAGUUAGGAGAGAAGGCUACUGGAAGAGAUAGUAUGAGCGAAGUGUUUGCUGGCGCGGCCGAGGUUCUCGCUAAAAUCGACUGUAUAUCAUUGAGAGGCAGACUGGUCGGUUUGGUAGAUAGUUUCAGAGAGUUUGGUUUCAUUGAUUUGUAAAUUUGACAAUCGUAUCUUUAAGUAUUAUAAUCAAAGCAGUCUUUUUAUAUCGUUUGUUUCGCGUUGCCGAACAAUUUUUGGUAAGGAGUCAAAAUUAUUAGAGAAAUUUCACUGUACAGCUGUACAGACAAAGCGUAACGACACCUAUACAGAAGAUGCUCAUACGACUGAAAUAUAUAUAUCCUAUAGUUGCGCUGGACCAUUGUGACUCUUCUUCAGGUGUUCCAGAUCUUCGAUUUUUAUACAUCAACAGGCAUUUCCUAGCAUUUUCAUCAGGCUGAUAAACUUUUGUUAAGGCGUCAGUUCCAUAUUUCCUAUAAUUUCGCUGGACCAUCAUGGGUCUGCAUCGGGUGUUCUAGAUCUAAAUUUUUUAUACCUCAACAGAAAAUGCUCAUCAGACUGAACAACUUUUGUUAAGACGUCAUUUAUAUAUUUCCUAUAGUUUAGCUGUACCAUCAUUGUUCUCCAUCAGGUGUUCCAGUUUACAAAAUCAUUUAUAUCCUAUAUUAUGCCCAGGCAUAAUUGCUACAUAACAAAAACGUUUCAUUCAAAUCCGUCCAAUAGUUCCGAAGAUUAGCGGUACAAACAGACAUACAGAGUUUUUUUUUCAGAUUCUUUCUCUGUUGCUAUGACUCCAUCGCCUAAUUUUUUUUAUGUAAAUAUAUUCAAUGUACAGGGUUUUUUUUUCUACUGUUUUAUUAUAUAUUGAUAAGAUUAUGUACUCCGUAAAGGAUAAAUAUGUGUCUAUUGAAUAAUAUUUUUGAUAUUGCUAUCUUAUAGUGUAAGUAACCGAAAAAUAAUGUAUCUGAAUUAUGUACUUCCAUAUAUAGAUUUAGAUUAUAUUAGCUAUCGAUAGGCACUAUCGCUAGGCGAUGUAGUGAGUGUUAUCUAAGGUGUCUACAAGUAUUUAUUAAUAGAGCGAUGCAACGUAAUCUAUGUACUUAUAACCAAGUGUAUGUUUGUUCAUUUUAUAAUUGUAAGUUAAUUGUGUUUCACAUCGAUAUAAGAUAUAUAUAAUAUAUAUUAUAAUCAGCACUCGGAACACAAUCAUAACCUGUUUUGAUAUAAGUACCUUUUGUAGUUCUAUGUACAUUAUGUACUUUUAUAUAUUAUUAGAAAAAAACAUUGUAAGAAACAAUAAAGGUAAGCCCUUCUGGCAUGAUAGGGACCAACACUGAACAAAUAAAUUUCUUUCGGCAUUUCUUCUCAGCAGUGGUCGUUCCGAAAUGCCAGUAGUUUGUAGCUUGUGAGAAAUAACUAUAAAUAUAAAAAUUGACGAGAAAAAGUGCCUGUGAUGGUCUAAUUUCUAAAUAAAUGAUUUGAAUUUGACCGAGCGAGCGAACCGAGCGAGGUCUCACAUUCUACUUGGGGCAAAAAUACAUUUUUUCUAUGUAUGUAUGUUUGUAUGUUUGUUUGUUUGUAACGCGAUUACUUUCCAACCGUUGGUACGAUUUUAAUGAAAAGGUAUGUAGGAUCUGUCAAUGGAAUUUUUAAGUUCGUGGGGCAACAAAAUCGGCUAAGCCGUUUUUGAAAUACUCGCAAUUUUGUAAAUAAAUAUUUUCUUCGCGAAGUGAGUUUGUAUGUUUGAGGCGGGUAAUCUCCAAAGCUACCAAACUGAUUUCAAAAAUUCUUUCACCAUUAAAAAGCUACAUUAUCCGAAAUUGCUAUAGGCAUAUAUAUUUGUUUUGAAAUAAAAUAGUUUUCAGCCAUAUCAACAAACACUUGUAAAAUAAUCAGAAAAACAGCGCUACCGAAAAUCUUAACGUGCGUGCGCUGGCCCUACUGUUGGUCAUACAUGCAUAUAAUGUACUACAAAAAUAUAGGUUUUUAGUAGAUCCAUAAAAAAGUCCGCGACACUAUACAUCUAUCUUUUAUAAUUAAGUAACUAUAAGGCAUUUUAUAUGUAAAAAAAGUAAUGUAAAUUAAAAGGUGCAUUUUGACAAUUAUUACUACACAAGCAUA